CACACAUGUAUCGCGACGUCCCACGCAUCGCGCGUGGUUUCUAUAGGAAGUGGAGUUCUUUUCGCGCAUCUUACGCGUUUUCCUGAAGGAAAAUGGCUACCAGCUGUCAUUUAAUCGAGAAGUGUGGCUUUUAAAGUGACACAGAAUUCUGUGAAAAGUCGUUGAACCACGUAUAAAGACCGUUUAGCACGAUGCAAUUACAUAACGUUAAAAUCGUUUGGUAGAUCGACGCCACUUUUCAUCUACAUGCGGAACCCGUGAACCUUCCACAGUGCCAUGAAAUUCUAUUCCGCUUUACUGUUUACAGUUUUUGUUUUUCGACGAACGUAUCGAGAGUAACGCAAUAGAGUCACUUCCACAUACUUUUAAUAAUUAAAACGUUUAAUAUUCGAAUCGGACACAUCGCAUGAGCGUUAAUCGACAAUAGUAAUCGUGCUACGUGUUAAGAGCCACAAACCUUUUCGACCUCACUCGCAUUAUUUUGGAGUGCGUGAUCAUUGCAAGAAACGAGAAGCAGCAUGGGUUCGAGCCAACAGUUCUCUCUUAGGUGGAAUAAUUAUUUAAAGCACAUCACCUGUGCGUUCGAUACGUUACGGACAGAGGAAGAUUUGGUCGAUGUAACAUUGAGCUGCGAAGGAAAGAGGAUAAGAGCACAUAAAAUGCUUCUGUCCGCGUGUAGUACAUAUUUCAGGGAUUUGUUUAAGGAAAAUCCAUGCCAGCAUCCAGUUAUAAUUUUCCGUAAUGUAAAAUUCGACGAUUUGGCAGCAUUGGUCGAUUUCAUGUAUCAAGGGGAGGUGAACGUGGUUCAAGAACAAUUAGCUAGCUUUCUAACUACAGCAGAAUUAUUGGCGGUACAAGGUCUAACGGAUGGCACAGGAAAAGAUAACGACAGUUUAGUGGAGGAUGAUCUGGAAAUUCCAAACGAGCCGGAAAUUCAACUUCAGAAUGCAUCUAGUAAAUCAACGGAUAGCAAAAGGAACAAGUCGCCGUCGUCUCCUUUGCCUUAUCACUCGGUUGAUCUGCAACCCGAUGCUCCGCCGAGUAAAAGACGAAAAUGUCGAGAAAACGCGAACACGAACGCGGAAAAGACUGCUGGCAACGCCUUGGCCACGAAAGACACCGACAACAAAUCGUCGGAAAAUCAGACGUCGACCGGUUCCGAUCCCGUUGAAAUAAUUCCCCUUAUGCCGAACUUGAAGCUGGAAAUGCCUGAAUAUUUAGUACAAGAUGGAAGUAGCUGUAGUUACGAAGAUCAGAGUUUAGGAGACAGUUCGUUAAAUAAGAUUGGUAUAGAAGACACGUCGUCCAACACUCCCGACCACGACCAGAAGCCCGACAUCAGUCAAACAUUUUAUUCGAGUAGUCAACCUACUUCGGAUAAUCUGGAUCUCAAACACCAAUCAGCGGAUGUCGGUAAGAAGUACAAUAGACACCUACUUUCAAAACCUGGCACAUCCGGGGAAAGACUAACGCAAGAAGCAGUGCAGGCAGCAGCAGCAGCAACAACAACAACAACAACAACAGCGACAACAACAACAACAACAACAAACUACGUCGACCGUUCCCCCGUCUUCUUGAAUCCACCUUCGUUCGAUUCGCGGGCGACGCUUGCGCGUCCGUCGACUAAAUUGCCGAACUCCGCACGCCGAAGCCUAGCACGGAAUAUAGAGUACGUUUCGUUGGAAUGGAAAAGCGAUCAACCCUUGACUGGUAUUUAUAUCGGACUCGCCGGUGGCUUCAACAUCAUUGUGCUUUCGUGUCGUGUUCUAUGAAAACUUCGAUAUUAUUUUGUUAUAUUAUACGCUAGCUAGGAAUCAAAUCGGCAGCGUUUAUCUAGAGAUAGAUUGACGCUAAAAACCUACCGAGCCGAUUUUACAAUUUAUGUUUCAAAGUUGCUGAUAUUAUGCACGCUCUGUGGUAGAACGUUAUCGAAUAAAUUCCUUGACCCAAGCACGCAUACAUUAUAAUAAAAAUGGCGAAAGUUUGAACGGACACGGAUAUUUAUUUAUUAGUAAACGGGGAAACCGCAUUAGUUUGCAUAGAUUAUUGAACGAGUGCGGAAGUUGCAACGUUCUUGGAACAUGUAGAUCUGCGAAAUACAUCUAAAGUAACGUCUCAAAUAGGUCGUUGGUUAUUGGAGGUUGUUGUAGCAGUUAUUAUAUUAGCGAAAGUGGUAACGCGAGUUGUUGGAUUUGUAGCGCCGAAGCGAGACUUGAAACCUUAACUACUGCACCUAUUAAAAGCGGUCUGCGAGACCGCUAAUGUUUAUCGCGUUAUUGUGGACAUAAGCAUGAUAAAUGAGAAAGAUCGAAAUCGAUUCUUCUCACUUUGCACAUCGGCGAUAAAAGGUAAACCAAUUUGGAGAAAAUCGGUUAAAUGGUAGCGAGCGUAUUAAAAACGUUUCUUUUUUCUUACAAUUAUAUUAACACUACAGAUGACCAAGUAAUCGAUGCAGUAGUUAAAGCAGACGGGGCGAAAUAAAAAACCAACAGCGCGUAAAAGAGCAGGUCAAUUGAUUUGACCAUUUACGAUCUUAAAAAUAAAAAUAUAACGGAUCAGCAGCCGCUCUUCCGAAUGUUAAAAGCGCAAGGUCGAAUUUCCACGCAAUCGGUUGAAUUUAUGCGUGCAGUUUUUUCAUCGUUAUAAAACAACACACGUUAAGUUACUAAAAGAGCUCGGUGGGUUUAACACGUUAACACGUUCUUUGGCAGUUUUCAUUCGGUGUUCCCACCAGUCGUCGUUUUCGCGGAAAUCGUGUACCAGCGAAGGGUCGAACUCGCCCGGUAGAUUUUCCACGAAAAAACUGUCCGUGCGAAGGCUGAACGCGAUCGAUGCGGAGCAGAAUUCGUUUCGCGGUCGCGCGCGUCGAAGACGGUACUUCGGAAUACGUCGUUACGAUGACUUUCUUCCUGGACACCCGUUGCGUCGCGUGCUCGUAAUUGUUGGCGUUAACCGUCCGCCGCGAGGAUCCUUGGACUUUCGAAGCAGAAUUACGAGGACAGUAACAUGAGACUUAAUUUAUUUAUCGUUCGCCGAUCUCAGAUUCGUAGUGUGCAACGUCCAACAGCUUGCAACGAUACGAUACGUUUUACGCUGUUCCCUCGACGAACUACCGACGCGAACGACCGGACCUACAAUUAGCUCUAACCGUUACGUUUCCUUUCCCCGCUCGCGAUUUCGCCGAUCGGGGGAGAUACACCUUUGUUUCGAACAAAGCGCGAGUUCUCGCCUAGCCUCGCGUACCCGGAACACGAUAUCUUUAGUUAAGAGUGUGCAAGCUCAUCUUCGAUUCCGUAUCGAUUCUAGUCAUUAAUGUACGGCGCUUCGUUACUGUACGGUCGCUGAAACAUCGCCCGAUUGCUCUUGUCGCAUUCGAAAUCGCCGGCGACGACAGAUUUUGUCCGAUCGAUGUUGCGUUCGCAAAGAAGCUUAGGGUAUACAUAUAUAUAUAGUUUCUUGGAGACCGAGAACGACAUGAUGAAACAGUUGCUCGACGAGCGAUCGUUACCAAUGACGCGUAAAACGAAUAUUCUACGUUAGUUGACAAAUAAAUAGCGUAUAGAGACUACAUUGUGAGAUGUCCAUAUCAAUAGAGAGAAAGAAAAACAGAGAGAGAGAGAGAGAGAGAGAGAGAGAGAACGAUAGAGACAGACAGAGAGAAAGAGAGAAAGAAUGAAUUACAGUGUUACGAACGCGGGUCACGUUAUGGAGAAGAAAAGAAAAAAAUCAAUCGGAAUGUUGCACCGACUCUGUUUACACGUCCGUUGUUCGCAUAAUCGACCUUUUCGUUGCGACCAAGAUGGAUUUUAGCUGCUUCGAUGGAGCGCAUAGACAGUGCCUUACACUCGAAUAGUUUUACAGAUUUACAGUAUUGACUUUCCAGAUGUUUACCACAGUUGAACGCGUAUAAGAGACUAUAAGAGAACCGACAAUUUUAUUCCUUUGUUCUUUUCGCCGGUGGCCUCGUGUAAACAUUGUCUCUGUGUGUACGGGAUUCGAAGAACAUUUUCGAAUGCAACAGAAUUUCGAGGAUCGUACGAUCCGGUGCGUGGAAGCUGCGAAUCCGUUCUACGGCUACGACCCUUUCGUUGCUUGCGCCCCCCCCCCCCCCUAUUACCGAAAAACGCCAUUUCCCCGAGAGACUUUCGAUUUCGAUCGAACACCUUUCGACUCCACUCCGUGGUUUCGACCGUUGGUCGGUGGACCGCUUUCACGGUGCAAGGAGCAGAGCUGGGCCGACUUUAUCCCCACUCCUGCGACCUUAAAAGUUUACUUCUGAUAUAGACCGCUAGGCGCUUGAGGUAACUUCCGUACUAUCGUCGAGGGUUUCUACUGUGUGUGUACGAGUGCCUGCGGUGGUCACCACAGUAACACCACUGUAGUAGUAUCGCACUUAUACAAAUGUAAUUUAACGCUAUGCGAAACACGUGUGUCGUACAAUUUUCAAACAGCUGUCGCUCAUAACCUAGCGACGCUAUCGAGACCAAAAGAAUUUUGAGAAUAUAAUUUGAACGUUCUAGAACAUCGUUUUCUUUGUUAGAACUCGAUAUCUCACUUCUAAGUAUAUUGAAUUAACUUUGAACUCUCGGAUGACGAGUGCCGGGUCCAUUUGGACCCUGAUUCACAAACAUUCCAUCUAAAUUCUAAUUUUGUGGCGGUCACAUGUAGUUGCUAACUAUUAACAUUGAAACUAAUGAAAGGAUUAACUCUGGUCUCGACAAAGAGGUUUUAAUAAUGUACGAAUGAAAAUUAAUCGUAAAGAUCUGAACGGAUCUAGCACGGAUCUGCCAUAUAAACGCUCGAGAAUGUUCGCCGUCCAAAGGUUAAUAUUAUAUUUUCGAAGACAAAAUGUGGACCCAAUUUCGACCCAGCGUGACAGCAGAGGGUUAAGAAAGUGAUGUAUCGAUGAGUACCGAUGUUUCGCCAGCGCCUCCCGCGGGAACUCGCGGAAGCGAACUUUUAGCGUCACAGAGAUUUUGGGGCGGGGCAACCGUACUCGGUCCACCUCUCAUUCGUACGCCGUGGUCCUUCGCAUUCGCUCCAACUUCAGUUUCCUCGAUGUCGAGAAGAACCAAACGCGAAUAUUUCGAACCCGGGAGCUCUCGGGUCAACCGAAGAGAACACGAACGCGUGGGAUGAUCGGAACAGAUUUCGGAAAAGCUCGCAGCUUUCUCGCGAGCUUGCGAAAAAAGCUCUCUUUUGUGAUCGCGAUUUAACGAUCGAUUGAAAAAGUCGAACUUUUACGUAUUGGCUAUAUUGUGUACCGCUUUAUUGCGAUUCGUUCGAUUUCCAAUGAUCAACGUUGCUUGAGUAUCUUAUGCUAUAAGCCCUAUGUGUACGUUGUUAUAUUAUAUCCAAUAAAUAAACAAUGUUUCAUUGA